AGGAUGGAUCUAGCUGGGCCUCAGCACAGCUCAUCCUAUCCAGCAGGCUGGAUCAAUUGAGUUCCUGACUUUCACUGAAGGGUUUGGAUCCAGAGACAGCAUGUACUCACCCACCUCCCUGAGCGGCUCUCCGUUCCCAGCCUCAGUGCAGGAUCCUGGCCUUCAUGUAUGGCGGGUGGAGAAGCUGAAGCCGGUACCUGUAGCAAGAGAGCAGCAGGGGAUUUUCUUCUCGGGGGACUCCUACCUUGUGCUGCACAAUGGUCCAGAAGAGCUCUCCCACCUGCACCUGUGGAUAGGCCAGCAGUCAUCCCGAGAUGAGCAGGGGGCCUGCGCCAUGCUGGCCGUGCACCUCAACACCUUGCUUGGGGAGCGGCCCGUGCAGCACCGUGAGGUGCAGGGCAAUGAGUCUGACAUCUUCAUGAACUACUUCCCACGUGGCCUCAAGUACCAGGAAGGCGGAGUAGAGUCAGCAUUUCACAAGACCACCCCAGCGACCACCCCAGCGGACGUCAAGAAACUCUACCAGGUGAAGGGGAAGAAGAACAUCCGUGCCACCGAGCGAGCACUGAGCUGGGACAGCUUCAACACUGGGGACUGCUUCAUCGUAGACCUGGGCCAGAACAUCUUCGUCUGGUGUGGUGCAAAGUCUAAUAUCUUGGAGCGCAACAAGGCGCGGGACCUGGCCAUGGCUAUCCGGGACAGUGAGCGACAGGGCAAGGCCCAGGUGGAGAUUGUCACUGAUGGCGACGAGCCUGCCGAGAUGACCCAGGUCCUGGGCCCCAAGCCCACUCUGAAGGAGGGCAACCCAGAGGAGGACCUCACAGCCGACCAGACAAAUGCCCAGGCCGCAGCUCUGUAUAAGGUCUCUGAUGCCACCGGACAGAUGAACCUCACCAAGGUGGCAGAUGCCAGCCCUUUUGCCUUUGAGCUGCUGCUAUCUGAUGAUUGCUUUGUGCUGGACAAUGGGCUCUGUGGCAAGAUCUACAUCUGGAAGGGGCGAAAAGCGAAUGAGAAGGAGCGGCAGGCGGCCCUCCAAGUGGCCGAGGACUUCAUCUCCCGCAUGCGGUACGCCCCGAACACUCAGGUAGAGAUCCUGCCCCAGGGCCGCGAAAGUCCUAUCUUCAAGCAAUUCUUCAAGAACUGGAAAUGAGAGCGAGUCCCUCUGCUCUCACCACCUGCCUCCUCCUUCCGCUUGUGGUCAGUGCUGAGGAAUCCCCCUCAGAUGCCCAAUAAAAAAGACAAGAGCUUUGCCCGCUCUGCCUGCACUA